AUGCAGGACUUUGUGAGUCGCAAGUAUCUGGUGUUUGCAGCGGUGGAGGAGCAGCUCACCAACGCCAAGAUCCAUGUCAUUGAGGCGGCACGGGUCGCAAGAGAGACCAACCGCAUCCUCGUCCUCCCAAAGGGCGGCCACAGCCAUCUGUCGCUGGGUCGAUCCAUGCCCAUGUGUGCCUACUGCGACUUGGCUCACCUCAACAACACGGAGUGGGUCUCCCCCGAGUUCUUCCUUCUCCUCGCCCGAGCUGCCUUUAUCCACCCCUCUGUGGGAUAUCUCUGCGUCGACACGCCUGAGCUCGGCCGGCCCUGCUUCGGCACAAAGGAGAUUAUUCGAAGCCUGGGGGCGUUGCUGACCCUGGGCAUGGGUCAGCUUCCCUCGCGGACCACCACUUUCAGGCUGCACAUGCCUGCUCGCCCCGACCAGAUCCGCUCGCUGGUCCAUGCGUGGUGA